UAAUUAAAUUUUCUUCUGCCUAAAUACCAAUUACCCAGCUGGUGAGGAGGAGCCCUUAUCAGCAUUGCCGCCGCAAUCACACAAACCCUUUCACGCGGAAAACUUCGAAUUGAUUCGUCGGAACAGACACCGGGAAGAAUUUGAGAAGCGGCGGCGGCGGCGGCGAGGUUUGCCGUGAAGAGAUGGGAAAUCCUAAGCAGAAGUGGACGGCGGAAGAGGAAGAGGCGCUUCGAGCCGGUGUGGCGAAACACGGCGUCGGAAAGUGGAAGCUUAUUCAGAGAGAUCCUGUGUUCAACCAACUCCUCUUUGCUCGCUCCAACAUUGAUCUCAAGGAUAAAUGGCGGAAUUUGAGUGUAGCAAAUGGACAAGGGCCUAGAGAUAAAACGAAGAUAACAAAACCGAAGGCCAAUCCUGUUGAUGCACCUGCUACCCCACUGCCAGCUGUCGCUCAGCCCUCUACUGCCGUCGUUCCAUCUUCGCAGGAUGUGGUAACUACUGAUGUAGUUAUGCUAGAUCCUUCGAAACCCUUACCUGAAGGAAACAACGCUGCCAAGUACAAUGCAAUGAUAUAUGAGGCGUUGUCUACUCUUAAAGAGCCAAAUGGAUCACAUUCUGGUGCAAUUGCUACUUACAUCGAGCAACGGUACGAGGUGCCGCAAAAAUUCAAGAGAGUGCUGAGUUCUAGAUUAAGGAGGCUCGUGGAACAAGACAAACUUGAAAAGGUUGAAAAUUGCUACAAAAUGAAAGGUGACGACGCUUUAGUGACAAAAGUCCCACCUGUGAGACAGAAAGAAACGUGGCCGAGACAAGGCCAGAGCAUAGGAUAUCUGGGAGAUACAGUGGAGGAAGCAGCUACUGCUGCCGCUUACAAAAUCGCAGAAGCUGAGAACAAAUCGUUUGUGGCAGCUGAAGCAGUCAAAGAGGCAGAGAGGGUUGCGAUGAUGGCUGAAGAAAUGGAAGCACUCCUCCAGUUUGCUACAGAUUGCUAUGAACAAUGCCAACGUGGUGAAGUCGUUCUAUUUGCAUAGGAUUCGUGGAUCGACGGUGCCUUUUGUGAAAGAUAUAUAUUACUUUUUCGAGAAUUCGUAAAUAUUACUUGUUGUCGUUUUGAGAGACGAAAAGAUUAUUUAUCUGGUGUUGCAUUUACUGCAUUUUAGUUUAUGUGUUUUUUCUGUUUUCGAGCUUGA